GGAUUACGGGGUAUUGGGGUGGUAGAUCUCAGACUAGUGCACAACAUAUUUUUGUUCUAGACUUCUCCAACCACUCGUUCCUCAUUCUUCAUCCUCCCCCACAACUAAAAAAACAAAAGCCAAACAAACCCUAAUUCCUAAUUUCACCACAAUCACUCUUAUCCCCAAUUCCAUCGAUUCCACUCACACACACACACACACACUUACACAAAAGAUUGAGCCGCUACAAGUCUCGAAUUGGGUGAAUUGCGCAUGGGUUGAUCGAAAAACAGAGAGAUGGAGUGGGACAGUAAUUCAGAUGUAAGUGGAGAUGACGAGGGCUUCUUGUUGAACGACGGUGGGCCCUUUCCGUUUCCGAUUGAUAGUUUGUUACAACCGGCGCCAUGUGGCUUUGUUGUUACCGAUGCUUUGGAGCCCGACCAUCCUAUUAUUUAUGUCAAUUCGGUUUUCGAGAUGGUUACGGGCUAUUUAGCUGAAGAAGUUCUCGGUCGUAAUUGUCGUUUCUUGCAAUGCAGAGGUCCAUAUGCAAAAAGAAGGCAUCCAUUGGUAGACUCUUCAGUUGUGUCAGAGAUAAGAAGAUGUCUAGAAAAAGGGAUUGAAUUUAAGGGCGAAUUGCUGAACUUCAGGAAGGAUGGAUCUCCACUAAUAAAUAAAUUACGUAUGAUCCCUAUAUAUGGAGAUGAUGACACAAUAAUACAUAUAAUCGGUGUUCAGUUCUUCACUGAAGCAAAUUUGGACUUGGGCCCACUGCUUAGGUCUUCAAUAAAGGAAGCUGCUAGUGCACAAGAUCGUUUUCGUUCUAGUCUUUCUUCUGAUCGUCUACUUCAAGAUGGGAGCAGGAAUAUUGCUCACGGGGGUUGUGGGAUACUGCACUUGAGUGAUGAAGUCUUAUCUCAUAAUAUCCUUUCACGUUUGGGUCCUAGAGAUAUUGCAUCUGUUGGCUCUGUCAGUAAGCGGCUUUAUAUGGUAACAAAGAAUGAAGAUCUUUGGAGAAUGGUUUGCCAAAGUGCCUGGGGUAGUGAAACAACUAGAGUUUUGGAGGCAGUUCCUGGGGCAAAGAGACUAGGCUGGGGUCGAUUGGCAAGGGAGCUGACCACUCUCGAAGCAGCAGCAUGGAAGAAAAUAACUGUUGGAGGAAUGGUUGAACCUUCACGUUGCAACUUCAGCGCAUGUGCAGUUGGAAACCGUGUGGUUCUUUUUGGCGGGGAGGGAGUCAACAUGGAGCCGAUGAAUGAUACUUUUGUAUUGGAUUUGAAUUGCAACAACCCUGAGUGGCGACAUGUCAAAGUGAGUUCUCCACCUCCUGGGCGUUGGGGUCACACACUUUCUUGUGUGAAUGGAUCUAAUCUAGUUGUAUUUGGAGGUUGUGGGCAACAGGGUUUACUGAAUGAUGUCUUUGUAUUGGAUUUGGAUGCCAAGCAUCCAACAUGGCGUGAGAUCUCUGGUUUGGCUCCUCCUCUUCCAAGGUCUUGGCAUAGCUCCUGCACCCUUGAUGGGAGCAAGUUGAUUGUUUCCGGAGGUUGUGCAGAUUCUGGAGUACUUCUUAGUGAUACUUUUCUGCUGGAUCUUUCAAUUGAGAAGCCAAUUUGGAGAGAGAUACCCGCAGCAUGGACCCCACCUUCUCGACUUGGUCACACACUCUCUGUUUAUGGGGGAAGGAAAAUUCUUAUGUUUGGUGGACUUGCAAAGAGUGGUCCGCUGCGGUUUCGUUCAAGUGAUGUAUAUACUAUGGAUCUGAGUGAAGAUGAACCUUGUUGGAGAAGUGUUACCGGGAGUGGGAUGCCGGGUGCUGGUAAUCCAGGAGGUUUAGCUCCUCCUCCGAGGCUGGAUCAUGUAGCUAUAAGCCUCCCUGGUGGCAGGAUUCUGGUAUUUGGUGGGUCCGUGGCAGGGCUUCACUCGGCCUCACAACUCUAUAUACUGGAUCCAACAGAGGACCAGCCUACAUGGAGGAUACUAAAUGUACCCGGGCGCCCUCCAAGAUUUGCUUGGGGACACAGCACCUGUGUUGUUGGAGGGACAAGAGCGAUUGUCCUUGGAGGCCAGACUGGUGAGGAAUGGAUGCUGGGUGAUCUUCAUGAGCUGGCUUUAGCAGGUCCAGUCUGACCAACUUCAUUAAGGUAUUGGAUGAAACAGGAGUUUUGGCUAUUAUGAAGAUUGUCUGAAGGAUUAUAAACUAAUUUAUCGCGUCUAUGAGAUGGGCUAGGCUUAUGGUUGUGAUCGUUACUCCACUCAAGUAUGUGUUAAAAUCUGGCACUGGUUUGAGUUAUUAUGACAAUCACGGCUGGUGAUGUAACUCGGGUUUAGUUCUGAGAGAUUUGCAUGGAACUGUCUGUAUAAUGCACUCCCUUUGUAGCUUAGGAGUACUGGUAUAGAUGGAUGGGUUAGGUAUCAUAUACAUAGGCUUGUUUGCAGUAUGCAUGUCAUUUCUUCUUGCUGACGAUCUGUUUGUGUAAUAUGGAUGGCAGGAAGGGAAAAAACUAAACGAUUCUGGGAAGUGAAACAGAACUCAGUUGAUUACUGUACAUUAAUGUUGUAUAUGUAUCGUUUCUGUGUACUUGAAAUUGAGAACUGAUCUUGGUUCUGGUGAUUAAUCUAUAUAGGAAAAUAAAUUGGCAACUGA